CAACACCACUGGAGGAUUCUUCAUGGUGAGAUUCAGACACCUGACCCUACAGGACACUGGGGUAUAUCAAUGUGCUGUGGAUAUAGAGUUGUUUCCCGACAGAUAUACAGAAGUGGAUUUGCAGAUAAUGGAGGAUGCAUGCUGUAAGGCCCUUAAACUGUCUGCCUAUGAGGGAGAAAUAGUUAAUAUCAGCUGCAAGUUCCCACAAGAGUUCAAAAGCAAACCCAAGUAUUUCUGUAAGGAGGAUGGAGAUCUGGGAUGUAAGUACAGACUAUCAACUCCAGAGGACCAAACCUGGGUUGGUGAUGAGAAGCUCUCUCUCCAUGACAACAGAGAUGGAGUCCUGACUGUGUCCAUCUCCAGCUUCAGCACCAGUGAUGCUGGGUCAUACUGGUGUGGAGUGGACAUGGGGGAAUACAAAGCCUUGAUCACAAAUGUACAGCUGACUAUAAGAGAUGCAAGUCAAACGACCUCAUCGAUGAUACAUCCAUCAUCAGCAUCUCCAAAAACAUUACUAUCGUCAUCAUCUUCUUCUUCAUCAUCAUCAUCACCAUCAACAACAACAACAGCACUAAAUAUGGGCUCUGGUCUGCUCAUCCCAUUAUCUGUGAGUGGAGCAGUUCUUAUCACCAUUACCAUCAUCAUCAUCAUCUGUAGAUGUAAGAGGUACAACACACAGGUGUCCAAGAUGUCUACCAUGAUGAUGGCAACUGAAGAGAACAAUACACAGGUUGGCAACGCAGAAGCAUCCUAUGAUGAAGUUAAAGACGUUAGACUGCAUGCUAAUUCGGGGACCGCUGAAUCUACACUUAGCACGGUUUACGCCACCGCACAACUACCCACAAUCCCCUCUGAUUCCCCUACGUACGCCUCUGUACAGGGUGCAGAUAUAUCUGCAGACACUCCGACUUAUGCUAGGUGUGUGUUUAAUGACCGCACACACAGGUCCUCUGCCAUAAGUACAGGUAGAGAUGACAACUCAUGUAACUAUGCAUCUGUGAAACGUCAAUGAAUCUGUGAAUCCACUGCAUUUGUGCAAUGUGAAUGUUGUCCAGUGACUGUACAAAUCAUAAACAAGAUCUAGGCCUACUCAGUGGAAAACAACUCUACUAAAACGGUCAUUUAAACACAUUGAUUUUGACCAGAUUGACUACUUUUUUAACAAUUGUUUCUUCACAUUUUGAUUGACAUGUUGAAAAGAAGACCUAUAGCCAAAAGAGUCUGUCUGUAUGUUAUUAAAAGCUCCACCUCCAUAUAGUGUCACAAUUGUAUCAUUGCAUGUUGUAAUGUCACAGUUCA